AUGCAGGACACAAGAUACACUCCAAAUCCACUUCGUCCAUACUACAAACCCGCUUCCAUCGGAUUUGCUGAUGUCUCUUCGAAUGCCACUGCAGCAACCUCAAAGUCGACCUCGGGAUCACCCUUCUCCUUCCCAGACCUCGACUAUUCCGACUAUAUCUCUGAUGCCGCUCCGUCAAUAACCGUUUCAUUGAAGUCGAUCAUCGAUCAGACAGUAUGGAAAUAUACAAGUGUCGUCUUUGCACAGCCGUUCGAGGUUGCAAAGCUCAUUUUACAGACACGCGUCGCCCAAGGAGAUGAUGGUGAACGACAUAAAAGACAAAGUCUACACGUAGAGCAGCAAGAAGAGGAAGUCUCUACAUAUGAUUACGACCACUCUUCUGAUGAUGAGCCGAAUUAUUUUAGUUCUGCGCCGUACGAGAAACCUUUUUCAAAUCGCUCACCAGACCGCGGAAGAAGAGGAAGACCACCAAGGGAUGAUUCAACACCACGACGUCGAGAUCACCAGCAAUCCUCGGAUGGCUACCUUGUUUUGAAAAAUCCUCUCUCCCUCAUGGACGCACUGUCAUCGCUCUCUUCGAAUAGUGGUGCGUUGGCCAUGUGGCGAGCCACAAACUCGACUUUCGUGUAUAAUCUCUUGGUUCGAACUCUCGAAACAUUCUUCAGAAGCUUUCUGGCAGCUGUAUUUGGAAUUGCAGAAAGUGAAGUGCUACUUCCAUUGUCUUCCGGAUCAAUUCCGGAUUCUUCUAUACUCUCGUCACCCUCACCAGCCUCGACAGUCCUAAUCGCAACAGCAGCUGCGGCCUUAUCAGCGCUUGUGCUGGCACCUAUUGAUGCAGCCAGAACUCGGCUGAUCCUCACAUCGUCGAGUCAAGAACCGAGGACAUUAUUAGGGACAUUGCGGACACUUCCUACGUCCUAUUUGAUCCCCACACAUCUUAUUCCUAUAACGUUCCUCACCUCGACUUUGCCGGCACUGAUUUCUACGAGCACUCCAGUCUUUCUGAAGUCAUACUUGGGUCUUGAUCCGGCGAUGAACACAGCUAGUUGGAGUGUUGCUACAUUUGCCAGUUCGGCGCUUGAUUUAUCCAUCAAGUUUCCCUUAGAGACAGUCCUCCGGCGCGCACAAAUAGCCACCUGGACCUCUCCAAACCAGUCACUUCCUGUCUCAUCGUCCAAGAGGAAAGCAGUGACGACCAUAGUGCCAGUCCCGCAGUCAUACCGUGGGGUACUGCCUACUAUCUGGAGCAUUGUCAACGAGGAGGGAUAUUCGGAAUCGGAAAAAGAAAAAGCAGCAGCAUUGUUGGGCAAAGCCCCCAGGAGGAAGCGCAAGGGACAAGGAAUUCAAGGAUUAUACAGAGGCUGGAGAGUAGGCUUCUGGGGUCUAGUUGGAGUUUGGGGCACCUCUUUCAUUGGAGGUUUACAAAACGGCAGUGAAGCCGCCAGCAGCCCGGGAAUUCAUGGUGGCAAAUUUUGA